GCGGGCAUUUGAUGUAAGCGUACCUAUAAGGUGCCACAAAAUAGUGAAGUAAGCGAGCACCAACACCAAGUUCGUGAAUGCAUGCUUUCUUAGUUAAAAAUAUACAUAAAACGAUUUUUUCCCAUUACUAGCGUGAAAAGAAUGCGUGAUUCGAGAAUAGUUGACAAAUAGAAGCUGAGGAAACUUGCACUAAAAUUACAAGAUUGCAUUCAUUUAAAAAGAAAAAAAAAGAACGUCUUUACACAUGAGUGGAAUUAUAAACUAAAAGAACGACAUUUUUUUACAUUUUCGUAAAACGCAAUCAGGAUAUACAACGUUCGAUAUACGUAGCAAAUAUAAGUUGCAGAAAAAAGGAAUUACCGCAAGACAAACAAAAUUUCCUUGAUGACAAUAUGAGGCGUGCUCUACAUAGCAUUUAAUUGAAAAGCAUUUAUAAAUAAUAAUAAAAUUAUGAAAUCUAUUUACGUGGGAGCUAAACAGCGAUUAAAUAAUUGUAUACAAUUGUCGUCAAAAGAAUGCAAAGACAAUCACGCGCACGCCUACGAAAUCGCAACGAUAACGGAUAGCAGACUAUCUUCCCGUACAGCGUCUGCAACAUUAGAUCUAAAUAAUGAUUUCAACGCUAUGCCGUAUGAUACGUCGCAAAAGCGAUUUCGUUACGAUAAAUUACGCGGCCGUUGGUCAUUGGCGGUGGAUUUUUAUUUUGCCUGUACUAGUCAUGCUUUCGGUUCUAUAGUCUUUUCCGAAUUGCCCGUUUAUGUGUUGCUGUUCGGAGGAGUUUACUCUAUCUGCUCUUAUCUAAUAGGGAUGUUACUAUAUGCUAUACCCAUAUUUGGUAUUCAAACAUUUUUGGGUCAAUUCUCUUCAUCUGGCAUUAUUUCCGUAUUUCGUGUUGCUCCCAUUUUUAAAGGCAUCGGUUAUUCGAUAUUAUUUCAUAAUUUAGCUACAUUAUCAUACUACGCUGUUCUGGCAUCGAUUCCUCUAAUUUAUGCUGCAAAUUCUUUGCAUACUGUGAUACCAUGGAUGAGCUGUGAUAAUGCUUGGAAUUCGAUUAAUUGUUCCACGCACAGUUAUUAUGAUGAGGAGGAUGAAGAACAGUAUCCUCAUGCAACGGUAGAGUUUUUUCGCGCAAUCAUACGUUCCGCUGAUAGUGGCACAAAAGAUCUAUGGAUAUCGUGGCCAAUGUUAUGCGGUGUUCUUGCAGUAUGGUUGCUGACCAUUUUCAUUGUAUUGAAAAAGAUAACAUUUAUAGGAAAAUUUUUACGUUGCUUAGGUUUGAUUAUGAUGACAACUUUUGGAGCAAUUUUCGUACAUUUACUUAUACACGUCGAGUUUUCAUGGGAUAGCUUCAUAAGUUAUAUGGAGCCCACGGUGAAUAAUAGCAAAGCGACAAUUAUGGCUGGAGUAAGAGCGGCCAUUUUAAUGCCUACCUGGGUAUUGGGCCCAGGUUGGGGUACUAUUCUUACUUUGGCUAGUCAUAACAGUUUUAGGCGUAACAGCGAGAAGCUCAUCUAUUGGAUAUCUGGUACUCAUAUGCUUAUGACGUUCAUGGCCUUAAUUUGUGGACGUAUAGCUUUGGAUAAUUUUGAAGAUCACGUUGGUCUAUUUCAUUAUCAUGUCGAAGAAGAGCAUAAUAUGCAAUUUUUGUAUUUAUGUUUUGCCUACUUAUUCGGCAGUUUCACUAGCCUACCAAAUUUCUGGAGUUUUCUAUUUUUCAGCAUGUUGUUCAUGGCUGAGUUGAGUGCUGUGAUUAUACAAAUGAUGACUGUUCUAACGGCUAUAUUUGACGAAUAUGAAUCGGCCAGAAGUAGGAAACCGUUGAUUACCAUCCUUAUGAUAACAACUUUAUUAUUAACAUCGGUGUAUUUCUGUACGAAGCAAGGUUUCGCUUAUCUGCAUUUGCUACCCGACAUAGUAACACUCACUCAUCUAACAUUAUCAAUUCUAUUGUUAACCAUUACCACAUGGAUUUACGGCCGUGAACGUUUUCAAUGUGAUUUACAAUUCAUGUUGGGCAAAACUAUAUCGAAUUUUAAAAUAUUUCUUCUACGUUUCGUUACGCCAGCAUUUCUGGUGAUAAGUGUUUUUCAAGUAUUAUACUUACUGCAAAAGGAAGAUCCGCCUUCUUUGCUAAUGAUCAUCAUACAAAGUCUUGUAUAUGUAAUCGCCCCAAUUUACAUGGUGUAUAAGGUCUGCCGGACAACGGGUUCAUUACGUGAUCGCGUGAAACAAUGUUUUGCUCCACACGAUUGGCAUCCAGUCGAUGCGGAUAAUAGACGUUUCUAUGAAGAGAUUAUGGGCACUUCAGAAAUGCUGGUUAUCGUAGAUCGAGAACAUCGUCAGCCGACAUAAACAUUGUUUUACAGAUUUGUCAUAUGCGGUAUGCGUCAUGUUAUGGUUCAUGUUGAAGGAGGAAUCGAGCUUAUUAGAUAUAUUUUUUACAAGUUACUUUUUUUGUUAAUCUCUUUAUAAUUUAGUCGUUUACACGCGCUGUGCGCGACCUUACAGCACAGUUAAAAAUAUUUGUUUUAUUAUUGUUCGAAAAAUAUACAAUAAACCUACCUGGAUUAAGAUGAGCUAUAAGUAAAGCGUAAGUGAAU